AUGCCUCUAUCCUCAUCUAACAUAGCAAUUGAAGACUUUGAUCAUGUUGCUGGAAAUGGAGAUACGAUCAUCUCAAUCCCUCUUGAGGGUCUCCAUUCAACUGGAUACAAUAAUACUCAUACUUCCAGUCAAGUUAUCACACCUGACACAAUCCACUUACCUGGAUCCAAUUACAGACACGUAGGUCCGAACGAGGGAUUGCCCUCUAAUUCUCCUUCAAGCUCAUUGACAGUUCAUGAUUCGUCUAGAGAAGAUGAAGAGAGUAAUAUAGGUAUCAUGCAAGGUUUGACACUUACGGAUACACAACCUUUCACUAAUCAGGAAGGUGCUUACACCAACACUGACUCAUCAAGCACAGAUACAGCCCAGAACGUUGAAGCUGGCGUGGAUCAGAAUACAAUUACGGGUACUGCCUCAGAAGACGAAAUCACUUCCACAUCCACGUACAGACCCCUGAUUCCUUAUGUCCGAUUCACACAACCCUCAUACCUCUCCAACGAGAGAUAUCCAACAUACAACGACAAUCGUACAUUCGGAUGGACCAGUGCGAUUUGCGUGAGUGUCAUAUUGGGUUGUGCGGUGGCUGCGUCUUUCGGAUCAGAUUAUUAUUUCCCUACGCAGACAUCCACCGACGGUCCUGGACAGGGAGGGCUUGAAGGUGAGGGUAAUGAGGAUUAUCAUGUAGGUAAGCAUGGGAACGAUGAUUGUCAUUCGUUCGAGAAAGAUUGUUAA